CGUCACCUCAGCACGGCACGGCGUACGUGCGCGACAGCGGAGGUCCUGACAGAGACAGAGGAGGAAAACAAAACUUGGAGAUGGAAGUUUGUUCUGAAUUCAAAGAGCAUUCAUGAAGAUAUCCAGGCGGGCAGCCUGCGGUUAGCCGCGCAAAGAGAAAGGCGCCUGGUUCUGUGCUGGGAAGGCAACGUGGAUCUCUUCCAGCAGCCCGGGACGGAGAGGAGAAAAGCGAGUCGGGGGGGUGGGGGGUGUUUUUAAAAAGUGAAAAGAUGAAGCGUGUUUUCCCGGAGCGGCGGCGUGUGUGAUUAUCAAGAACAAGGAGCACAGAUCACUCCCCAAGCAACCCAAGAACGAGGGAGGAGAUUGAAGGGCUAUGACGACGGCCGGUCAGCGAUAGCGAGAGGACGCGCUGCCAUGGAACGGCUGCAGGACGGAGUUUCGGGAAUCGACGCUAAGGAUCAGGGGUUAGGGUUCGAGCCCCAGAGAGGAGGAGGAGGAGGAGGAGGAGAAGUGGUUGCUCUCCAGCAGAUCCAUCUCAAUAACGGGGAGUCAGCCCAGACACUGCCCUGGGAUGGGGAGUCCACAGUGGCAGGCAGCCCAGAGAAAAUAUUGCUCACUGCUAGAGCUGGGCUGGAGGAGGGCGCAAUACAAGGGGAGGUUUAUAUCCAGGAGGGAGGGGGGACUGAGAUUGUCUGUGACGAGACAGUGUUGGAAAUCUAUACCCUGGAGGUAGCAGAAACAGCUGACAUUAUUUCACAAGAUGCAGGAACUGAGGCUAGCUCUGAUGGGACAGUGCAUGCAGAGACCAGCAGGUCUCCACACCGGACAGUCAAUGGGACAGCUUGGGAACUGAGCCCAGGGCUGGAGGAGGACGGGACAGAACCCAACAACAAUAACCACGGAAGCACAGAACCAGAGAGCCUGGCGCCGUCCAGCAGCUACACAGAUCUGUCUCAGACCUCGUCUCCGUCGCUGUGUGAUCAGCUGAAGCUGGGCCGCGAGGAGCCUCCUGGCCCCGGGCUCAACGUUGAGUGUCGGAUCUGCGGGGACAAGGCCUCCGGUUUCCACUACGGGGUGCACGCCUGCGAGGGCUGCAAGGGUUUUUUCCGGCGGACGAUUCGUAUGAAGCUGGAGUACGAGCGCUGUGAGCGGACCUGCAAGAUCCAGAAGAAGAGCCGUAACAAGUGCCAGUACUGCCGCUUCCAGAAGUGCCUUGCCCUGGGCAUGUCCCACGACGCGAUCCGGUACGGCCGCAUGCCGGAAGCAGAAAAGAGGAAGCUGGUGGCCGGACUGCUGGCUGGGGAGACGAGCGUCCAGAACUCGGGGGGCUCGGACCUCAAGUCACUGGCCAAACACGUCUACAACGCCUACCUGAAGAACCUGAACAUGACCAAGAAGAAAGCGCGCAGCAUCCUGACUGGCAGGACCAGCACCAGCUCGCCCUUUGUGGUCCACGACAUGGACACGCUGUGGCAGGCUGAGAACGGGCUGGUGUGGAACCAGCUGAUCCACGGGGCGCCCCCCACCAAGGAGAUCGGGGUGCACGUGUUCUACCGCUGCCAGUGCACCACGGUGGAGACUGUGCGAGAGCUCACCGAGUUUGCCAAGAGCAUCCCGGGCUUCGUGGGGCUCUACCUCAACGACCAGGUGACGCUGCUCAAGUACGGCGUGCACGAGGCCAUCUUCUGCAUGCUGCCCUCCCUCAUGAACAAGGACGGGCUGCUGGUGGCCAAUGGCAAGGGCUUCGUGACGAGGGAGUUCCUGCGCAGCCUGCGCCGGCCGUUCAACGAGAUCAUGGAGCCCAAGUUUGAGUUCGCCGUCAAGUUCAACGCGCUGGAGCUCGACGACAGCGACCUGGCCCUCUUCGUGGCUGCCAUCAUCCUCUGCGGCGACCGACCUGGCCUGAUGAAUGUGAGGCAGGUGGAGGAGAUCCAGGAUAACAUCUUGCAGGCUCUGAACCGGCACCUGCAGGCCCACCACCCCGACUCGCUGUACCUCUUCCCCAAGCUGCUGCAGAAGAUGGCCGACCUGCGGCAGCUAGUGACUGAGAACGCACAGCUCGUUCAAAAAAUCAAAAAGACUGAGUCCGAGACCUCGCUACACCCGCUCCUGCAGGAGAUCUACAAAGACAUGUACUAGAAGAACGAAAAGAAGAAAAUCACAAACACAGAACUGUGAAUUUAUAUAGAUAGAUAUAGAUAUGUGGAUACAGCCAUUACACUGAAACAUCCCAAACCGUCAAACAGCAAGUAAGAGGUGCAGAUUCACUGCUGCUGCGACAAAAUACUUUUAGAAUUAUUAUUAUUAUUAUUAUUAUUAUUAUUAUUAUUAUUAUUAUUAUUAUUAUUAUUUUAACCAAUAAGGUUUAGGUGUUAAAUUGUGUCCAGACUAGCACAGCAAAAGUGUUCUGAUGUCCUUCAAGCUAAACAAAACAAAAUGGCCAUGAGCAGAAUUGAAAGGCUGGGGUAGCUUGGACAUUUCAGUCACCCUUUUAAGGGCCUGCUUUUAAUGCAUCUAGAAAUGUGUUCUGAGAGGUUUUGAAGGUUCUUAGCAAGGAGAGUGCAUUACAGUAUCAGUGUAAAGCUCCUGUAAUUAUGAGGUCGUUAUAAUGCCUUCAUUACAUGGCUGUAUCGCGAUAGUUCAACAAUAUCAAAUAACUCCUUUUAUAACACAUAUAUAGAUGCGUUUGUCACUGGGGUUAGGACUCUGUAAUGGUACGGGAUUGAGACCUGCCCCAUUAGACAGUGGAACCCCUCUCUAUUGCAGCCUCUGAUUUUAAGUGGGCUCCCUCUGUUCCAAAUUAAAAGAGACUGGUGUAGAGUGGUUGGUAAUGACAAGCCGGUUUUUCUGAAGAACUUACUGUAACAGUGGUUAUGGCUCUUUCGGUCCAUUCCAACCAGAUCCUUAAUGACAUCUUGGAACAGGGCUCUGGAAUGCUCAGUUGAAUAUUAAGGACAUGAUUGGAACAAGGUCCUGUGCUGGAAUGGAUCGAUAGAGUGCUAUACGUCGGGUUUCUCUUAUGACAGGCUGAACGGUCCGCCCCCUCCUUCCCUCCCCUCCUCAGCACUGGUGCAAGACGCUUUAGAAGCACAAAUACUGCGGUUUAAUCCAAGUUUACUUCAGAGUCAUUAGUUUACUGAUUUUAAUUUUUUUUUUGUAUUUAGUUGUUUUCAGCACAGGGUUGGAAGUGGGUUCUCAAAGUGGUGAAUUGGUCUUCUUUCAAGGCUGUCUGGGGCCAUCGUGCACUAGGGAUCUGGGAUCAAUCCGUGGCAUUUCAAAGGACUUGUGUUUAGGAAGUGAGCGUACACCUGUGAUUGUGUGACGAUUCCGUUUGAGUUCCCAUUCUGCUCCUGCCUUUCGGUCUUCCAGAUCAGCUUUGCGUUUGCUGGUUUCUUCCGCUCUCCAGAAGCCCUCGCUCGCUCCUUCCAGUGGACAGUGAGGCCUAGUGGAAAGCUGGGGACCGAAUUUCUAAAAACAUGAAGAACAAAAAAAGUUCCAAUGAACUGUAACGAAGCUUAAGAGAGAUCAUGAACUGACAAGACAGUAGAAUAACAUUUAGGUUUUUAAAUUGGUAAAGAAAGUGAUAUUUAUACAGUCCUUGCUGAUCAGCAGGCUCAACAUGUCAUGCAUCUGUGUGCAGGUAAAAAAAAAAAAAAAGUUUAUGGUUAGCCAAUGACUUUCACCUGGGACGAACCCUCAAAUGCAGUGUCUGCCCAACUAUAACGAGAUCAGACAGAGCUCAGAAGUCACAGUAAAGGUUAUGUCUGCUGGGUCUGACACUACCUGGCAGUAUUUUUUCAUUUGAGGAAAAAGGAAAAUUGAACAGGGAAAAAUAGAGUAAAACUGACUAACUAACUAGCCCAGAUCAUUGCCAGUCAAGGGCAGUCAGGUGACACAAGUGUGUCGUGGAUUGUCAAAAUGUAUUAUUUUUUUUUAGUUGUUUGUUUUAACUAACACUGCAGUGUACAAUUAAAACUACUGCAAAUGACAGAAUGAACAAAGUUACAAUCAGUCCAUUAGUAAAACUCUACUGCUUCACUCCCUUAAAUCUUACCUCUACAUUUCUGCCACCCUGGCCCAGGUUCAUGACAAAGUAAUAUGGUCUUGGUGUAUUGUUUUAAAUACACAGAUUUGUCUUAAAUAUACAGUAAGUCUAUUUAAUUGUAUACUGUUUUUGUAUGUGUGGUAAAUAACAAUGUAGGCUUGUGCUACAGUCUAUAGCAGGUUUGCUGUUUGAAUGUGUGUGCAGGGGAGAAUACCGAGCUAGACUGGUGUUGUGAAAUACAUACAAACGAAGCAGAAUUCCUGCUCUGCUACCGUGACUGAUUCCGACACUGAGCCCUGUAGCAUGCCCGUUCCAAAGGGUAACUAAACUAGCACAAGAACGCAUCUACUGAAGGUCAGCUGCAUGAAGAUAUUCGACUUGAGGGGUUCACAGAGUUUCACUCCGGCUGCUCGAUUUAAUAUAUAUAUAUAUAUAUAUAUAUAUAUAUAUAUAUAUAUAUAUAUAUAUAUAUAUAUAUAUAUAUAUAUAUAUAAUAUAUUAUCAGGGACGCUGCUGACAAUGUGUCUGUGGAAACUGGGUCUUGUCUAAUAAAGGAGCACUGUACAUGCAAACUGUGUAACCACAUUGAUAAAUGUAGAAACCUUUUCUUUUUGUGCCUGUGUAGACAAUGGGUUUUAUAAUGCUGUUCGGAUCAAGCUGUGUUAUAGCCCCUGCUCACAGCCACCCCAGUACAGUGUAAAAGGAUGCGUGCUUCACCGCUACCUUCUUUACUGGUGGCUGCACUCUGUACUGUACAGGUCAGCUGAGGUAAAGAGAAGGGAAGCAGUUGGAUGAAUUAGAAUUGAUCCCAAACCAUGAAAACGGUUUUGAAGUUGGCUAAAUUGAAGCCCACGAUUGUGGGGUUUAUUCAGAGCUUGCUUGGAGGGUUGCUGCGGACUGUGCAGCGGACGCACACAGUCGCCUGCAGUUGAGAAGCACUGUGUUAGCACAGGUGUGGCUUUUAGCCAGGACUGAAUGUGGAACAGUAAUAUAGUCCUAUGCUGAACAUGACUGCUGCAUACUUGGGGCCAUGCAGUGUGAUGCCAUAUCAAGCAUCCUCCUUGCAUGAAUUCAUAUUUUCCUAAAAUGUUUGUUUUCCCUAUGGAAACAUCAAUUGAAUUUGCAGAAUGUUACUCCGCAUCUCUGUAUAAUGGAAAGCCCAGCGACAGUUGGAAGAAAUUGGCUUCCUGUUUUUAAGAGUGCAGCUGAUUUUCUGUACUGUCUUCCUAUCCAGUGCCUACUUGUUGCAGUUGUAGAUGGACUUAAGACUCCACCUUCAACAGUUUGUGCCAUUCCAGGUUUUACUAAGCUCCAUGGGGCAGCUCUGAGCUUGCUACCUGUAUAAUGUGGCUCAGUGGAGUGGAUCAGACUGCUAUGCAGUGGGAGUCUUAUUUCCAUCCACGCUCAAUUGAAUAAGACUGAAACUUAAACAAAAAAAAAAAGACAUUUAGCAUGCUACAGUAACCUGACCAAUAGAGAGACAGGCUUCCAUGGGCAAUCGAACAUCCCAUAUCUUUAUUUUACAGAUGAAAGUGCAUUGUGAGCCUUGCCUUGUUCAUGUGAGCGUGGGGGGGUGAAGAGAAAGGACAGUGUAGAGUUAGACUGAGAUCACAGCAUCAGUACCACGCUUACAAACUGCUCUUGUGUUUUUCUUUUUUUUUUUUUUUAAAUAAUGAUUAUAAUAAUGUAAAUAUGAAGUGUUAUUGAGCAAACAUACACACUCCAUAAAACUGAGAACUAGAUAUUUUAAUUAAAAAAUCUACCUGAAUUUUA